AUGGCUUCCUCACCGUCCAGCACAUCUAAUUCGGAUCCCGACACGAUCCAAAAAGCAGAAGCAGAACACCUCGAAAAUAAUGCCAUCAAUCCUCGUUGGACACCUGGAUAUGGUCCCUUGUCUCGCAUCCCCACUGGCGACUCUUAUCUUCCUGCCUUUGGAGGUGCCUUCCAACCUGGUCUAUACAAGCCCCCAACCAGCAACAUCGCCAACCCUGCACCAUUGGGACUGGCAGGCUUCGGCCUUACGACUUUUUUGCUUAGUCUUAUCAAUUUGGGGACCAACGGUGUCCAUACACCUAACAUCGUUGCUGGACCAGCAUAUGCCUAUGGAGGAUUGAUUCAGAUUGUUGCCGGCAUGUGGGAAAUGGCUGUGGGUAAUACCUUUGGUGCCACAGCUUUAACAUCAUAUGGCGGCUUCUGGAUUGGCUUGGGUAUCAUUUUCACACCAGGCGGCUUCCACAUUGCAGAAGCAUACGGAGGCCAAAACGAAGCUUUUUACACGGCAUUGGGAUUCUAUCUUUACGGCUGGAUGAUCUUUACUUUCCUGCUUUGGAUUGUGACCCUAAAAUCCACCGUCGCAUUUUCCUCCCUGUUUUUCACUGUGUGGCUUACCUUCCUCAUGCUUGCCACUGGGUAUAUGUACACCACCACAGUUGAUGGCGUCACUGCACCCAACCAAAGCCUCAACCUUGCAGGAGGCUCUUUCGGCAUUAUUGCCUCGUUUAUCGCUUGGUGGAAUUUGUUUGCUGGUAUCGCGGACAGGGGAAACAGUUUCUUCUUGAUUCCCGUGUUGCACUUCCCUUGGAGUGAGAAGGGAAGAUCGAGAAGAAGGUCGAAGGCUGAGAGUAUUAGAGAUGUUGAGAAGGGUGAUUAG